AUGAUCGACCUAAAUGAAUGUUCUUCCUUCUUCAUCCCCAUCACAGCAGCGGCUUUAGCUCUAAUAUCUGCCAUAUUUAUCCUCUUCCGUUUCCCAAAAUCGCCUCAGAAGGCAAAAAAAUAUCACCCAAUCGGCAGUUCUCACCUCAGCCAAGUACUCAAUUUCUACAGGCUCCAUGACUUCAUGACUGACCUUUCACGCAAACACAAAACGUACAGAUUGUCUACUUUGUUCAGAAGUGAGAUUUUCACCACUGACCCUGCAGUUGUUGAAUACAUGCUCAAAACAAACUUUCCAAACUAUGGCAAGGGAUUGUACCAAUAUAACAUUUUGACAGAUCUACUGGGUGAUGGGAUCUUCGCUGUAGACGGAGACAAGUGGAAACAUCAAAGGAAACUAUCAAGCUAUGAAUUCUCCACCAAGAUUCUGAGGGACUUUAGCAGUGUAGUCUUUAAAACCACUGCUGUAAAGCUUGCUCGAAUAGUAUCUGAAGCUUCGGCAUCAAACCGACCGUUAGACAUGCAAUACCCUGAUAUACAAGAAAAGAUUGCAAAAGAAAUAAUAGAAGCAACCCAAGUGAGUAGUAAUUCAAGCAUUGAGGAACUUGCAGCCAGAGAUCCGAAGAGGAAUUCCGACAGAAGAUGGCUCAGUGAAAAGGGUCACUUCCAGCCAAGAGCUCUUUCAUCUUCACAGCCUUCCAGGGGGUCCGAGAAUCGUCUAGGAAAGGAUUUUGCUUACAGGCAAAUGAAUUUUCUCUAUGAUCCUCUUGGAAGCUACAAAUUCAAGCUCAAUGAUGAAAGUAAACCGUCCCAUAUAGAACUGCUCUGA